CGCGUUCUAUCCAUUCCUGGGGAUGUGAUGGAUUGGGAACUCAGGCCUAUGGACGGCGUCAAGUGCGUCAUUGUGUGCGAAAAGGAAACAAUCUUCAGCCAUCUCAUCCAGACAGGACUGUUAGAAACGCUGCCCUGUAUCUUAAUUACAGGUCAGGGCUUCCCAUCGAUUGGCACGCGCACACUUAUUGCACGCUUAGAGGCUGAGCUACAUCUGCCUAUCUAUGGGGUCUUUGACUAUAACGUAGGUGAGCUGUGUACACGUAUGCCCAAAUUGCGCAUCCAUGUUUGCGGGAGGGAGGGAGAUUGA